CCAUCUCUAGAAUUUAUUACGUCAAGGAGUUGCGUAAUUUGGAAAAAAGUUAAUUUGUAAAUUCCGCUGUUAAAGUUAAUCUGCCGUUGGAUUGCUUCUGACAAGAGAGGAGAGGCCGAGAAGACCCUUACGUAAUUUUAUUCGGAGCAAACGGAGACAUGAAGGUGUGUGUGAUUGGAGCUGGGGUCAUCGGACUGUCCACUGCUCAGAGCAUCUACCAACACUUUCAUGGCAGGGUGACCCCUCUCACCAUAGAGGUGUAUGCAGAUGUCUUCACUCCACUGACCACCAGCGACGGGGCAGCCGGACUCUGGCAGCCAUAUCUCUACGACAAGGGGAACGUGCAAGAAACUCAAUGGAACAAAGAGACCUUUGACUACAUACUAAGCUGUCUUAGAUCUCCAGAAUCUGUUAAAAUGGGAGUCUUUCUCCAGUCUGGCUACGACCUUUGUACUGAAACUGUACCGGACCCGUCAUUUAAACACAUUGUGUUGGGUUUUCGCCAGCUGACUAAACGUGAACUUCAGAUGUUCCCUGGAUACAGCUAUGGGUGGUUUAACACUACUGUCAUAAUCGAAGGAAAGACUUACCUGCCCUGGCUUAUGGAGUGGUUAAAACAAAGAAAUGUCACGUUUCAUCAGAGAAAGAUUGGCUCUUUUAAAGAGUUGGCAGACAGUGGUGCUGAUGUCAUCAUCAAUUGCUCUGGUGUCCGAUCGGGUGAACUGCAGCCUGACCCUGAUCUCCAGCCAGCCAGAGGUCAAAUCAUUAAGGUAGACGCUCCUUGGUUAAAACACUGGAUCACCACGAACAAUUUCUCAUCAGAUGGUAUUUCACCGUACGUCAUACCUGGGAGCCGUUUAGUCACUGUGGGUGGAGUUUUUCAAGUAGGAAACUGGAAUAGGCAGAACAGUUCUGUCAAUCAUAAAGAAAUUUGGGAAGCAGCAUGCAAGCUUGAGCCCAGUCUACAGCAUGCACGGAUAGUAGAAGACUGGACUGGUCUUAGGCCGGCACGCAGCAAAGUUAGACUGGAAAGAGAGACCAUACAGUUUGGACCAAACUCAUUUGAGGUCAUCCAUAACUACGGACACGGAGGAUUUGGAAUAACCAUCCAUCACGGAUGUGCUGAAGAGGCUGCUCGAAUCUUUGGAGACAUCUUGGCGCAGAAAGGCUUGCCAGGACACUCCAAAUCACGUCUUUGAUAGAUCUGGGCAUCUGCACAGUGUUAUCUCUUCAGACAUCGGCAGUUUUCUCACAAAUCUGCCAUACUGAUUUCAAGUGAUGAAUGAUUGCAUUCAUAUACCUUUUUAACUCAUGUUAUGUUAACAAUAAUUCGUCUGUGGUCUAAAGAUGACAAACCAGAAUUGGCAACAGUUUUCUGUGUUAAUGUUUAAUAAAGAAUUAAGUGCUGUUAUA